AAUAUUUUAUCAGCACCCAAAGCGCAUUUUGUUACUAGAAAAGUAAUGGCACGAAUUGUUGGAGGGUCCAAAGGGUGCCACGCGUGUCGGAAGCGCAAGAAACGUUGUGAUGAGCGACGACCGUCCUGCGGACAAUGUUUGUCGCGAAACGCUUCCUGUCCAGGUUACGUGCGUGAGGCCAAAUUCAUCCUUGUAUCCUAUCAUGACAGCAGGAGAGCGGCUUCAAGGUGUAGUUCCGACACUGAAGCUCAAUCCGACCGUCAAGAAAUUGACAAGCGUCCGAGCGAUCGAGUCGCAAACCGUACGUGUAGCAGUGGUCUAUCUUCUGAGGCUCCGAGCCUUCAACGUUCGGCGGUUGCGUAUUACUGUAGCUCCUAUUUCCACAACGUGAUCCAGGCAGGGCUGGAUGUUUUUGGAAAGUCAAGCUACAUAGAUUGGAUGUGGCUUACCCCGGAGCUUGAUGUCGAGGAGCCAAGUUUAAGAGCGGCCUUGCUCGCACUGGGAACGGCCAGGAUGGGUCGUGUCUCCAAUGACCCUCGAUUGACCCGGCUGAGUGCCGAAUCAUAUUCGCAGUCCUUAAGGCAUCUUCGCAAAACCAUCCUGAACAGAGCCUUGGGUCUCCGAGACGAGGCUCUAGCAAGCAUGAUGUUCUUGGCUAUCUACGAGAUUCUAGAAGGAUCAUCGAACAGAGGGCUGGGCUGGGCGAGUCAUACGCACGGCGCUAUGUCGCUGGUACACUCUCAAGGGCUCGAGAUGGAAUGGUCUGAGGCGAGACAUAGACUGUUUAAUGGGUUGCGCCUCUCCGCAAUAAUUCACAGUAUUGGAACACGAAAGCCCACAUACCUUGGGACACCAGAAUGGACAUCUAUCCCAUGGAGAAAGGGUAAGAAACAACCGAAGCAAUACUUAUUCGACUUGAUGGCCGAGAUCCCGGCUCUACUGGAAGCAAUGGACUCCGUCAACGUCACAUCGGAUAUUUCCCAAAGUUUAGCAAGGUUACACGAAGUUUGCGAGAGGUAUAUGUAUCUAGCCCAACGGCUAUACGCCUGGUAUGAGACAUAUAUGACCGAUCACCCCAGCAAGGGGCAUUGGGAGCAGCCAUCGAGGCUUCCCUCAGUAUCCCCAAAUGAGAGGAGUCCUCCGACAUGUAUUGGUUUCCCCGACCAUGACACAGGCCAUAUCCACUUGCUGUAUUGGACAUCUCACGUUCUCCUCUUUAGCAACAUUGGCAUGGUAUACGAGAGUUGUGUGACGAAUGCUCCCCAUGGCGCCCACAUUUCGCUACCCCCAUUCCCCUGUGACAUUCAGGAGAUGCAUGGCAUGGCAUUGAACAUUGCCAGAUCCGCGGAAUACUUUCUCGAUCCCAAGGCGAUUUCGUUGGGGGCCUGUAUUAUCUCGUUCCCUGCAUCGAUUGCCUUUGGGUACUUUGAAUAUUACAACCUUCCGGAAUGCGACUGGUUCCGCCAGAUCUUUCGCUAUAUCAAGACGUUUGGUAUCGAUGUGGAGGGUUUCCUUGAUGCAGUGGCGUCUGAAACUAGUUUGCAACUCGUACUAUGUUAAUUUCGAGGUCAUGGGUAUGGUUACAAAGGUGGAUUCUCCUCUCGCCGUGAAGGCCAGAUGGGCCGAGCCUGGCGACCAAGCCAGUCGACAAAAUGGGAUGUCUUGAUUCGAACCAUGCGAAACUGCAUGAUCGACGGCUUCUCGGAUUGUCCUGUCUAUGAACAACUUCAAUACUCCGGCGGCAGU